CCUAAAUUCGGGGCCUAGUCGCGGGAUGGUAGGGCCUAAGGGCCGAGAGCCUAGUUGCGGGGCGCGCCAAGGGUGACGCGAACGCAGCUAAAGGGCGCGGGUGGGGCAGUUCCGGGUGCUCUGCUAGCGGGCUCUCGGAAACAUAUUCCGCUCGGCUUUUGGCGGGCAGACGGACUCGUAGCCCAGAGGAGAGUUAGAGCUGCUCCCUGAUAACCCUGCUGCUAAAUGUCGUCGAAGCAGUGACUUGAUCCUGAGCUUAGCACAGUGGGAGUUUCUGAAGGAAAAUAAGACCCAGUUCCUGCCCUCAGAGGAGAACAUAGUACCGGGAGUUUCCUCUAUUUAAAGUGGCAUGGAUCUGCCUGUGGAUGAGUGGAAAUCAUACCUACUUCAGAAGUGGUCUUUGCUCCCGAAGUCCAUUCAGGUUUCAAUUUCUACAGCAGAGACUUUGAGCGAUAUCUUUCUUCACUCCUCUUCGCUUCUUCAAUCUGAGGAUGAGAUGUUUUUAAAAAGGCUCUCUAGGGGUUACCUUGUGGAAAAGGACCCCAACGCUCCCCUUUUCUACAGAGAAGAAGGAAACAAAAAAUUUCAGGAGAAGGAUUAUAUGGGAGCCACAGUGCUGUAUUCUAAGGGAGUAUCACAUUCAAGGCCUAACACUGAGGACAUUUCAUUGUGUUACGCCAAUCGCUCUGCAGCCCUCUUCCACUUGGGUCAGUAUGAAACAUGUCUUCAAGACAUCAUCAGAGCACAGAUGCAUGGAUAUCCAGAAAGACUGCAACCCAAGAUGAUGUUACGUAAGGCAGAGUGUCUGGUGACUCUGGGGAGACUGCAGGAAGCAGGUCAGACCAUCAGUGAUCUUGAAAGUAACCUAGCAGCUUCCCAGUUUAAAAUUAUACAGAGAACCCUCUGUCACCUAAAAAUGAAGGUACGAGAAAAGGAGACUCUCACAGAAACCUCCCCAGCAGCUCCAACCAAAGCCUUUGAGAAUAUGGACCUAAGGGAAAAGAAUGAACAAAUUUCCAGUGCAACAUCUUCUGUCAGCUUAUGCAUAGACCCGUUAAAAGGCCGCUAUCUGAUUGCCACAAAAGAUAUUCUCCCAGGAGAGCUCCUUGUGAGGGAAGAUGCUUUUGUGAGUGUCCUUAACCCUGGAGAAAUGUCACCACUGUGUUACGGCCUGGAUGGCAAGUGGAAUACCAGAGUUACCAAUGGGGACCUCUAUUGUCACCGAUGUUUGAAGCACACUUUGGCCACAGUUCCCUGUGAUGGAUGCAGCUAUGCCAAAUAUUGUAGCCAAGAGUGUAUGCAGCAGGCCUGGGACCUCUACCAUAGCAUAGAGUGCUCUCUAGGUGGGCUGCUUCUCACACUGGGGAUCUUUUGCCACAUUGCCCUGAGGUCGACUCUUUUAGCUAGAUUUGAGGAUGUUGGCAAAGUCAUAAGGAGGCUUUGUGGUGAUAUUAGUAACAAGGACAUCUGUUUACCUGAAAGCAAGAAUCUGGUGCAAACAUUCAGUUAUGACCUGGAAGGGGAGAGUGAGAAAAAUGACAAAACAGUUGAAACCCCAAUUCCUGGAUGUGAUAUUAAUGGGAAGUAUGAAAAUAAUUAUAAUGCUGUCUUCAACCUUUUGCCCCAUACUGAAAACCAUAGCCCAGAGCACAAAUUCCUCUGUGCUCUAAGUGUUUCUGCACUGUGCAGGCAGCUGGAAGCAGCCAGUUUACAGAUCCUCACAACAGGUUCGAAAUCCUCUCAGCCAAAAACAGCAGUGGCUCCUGCAUUGUGUCAAGAGUUGCAUAUUUGGGGCGUGGCCAUGCUGAGACACAUGUUACAGCUACAGUGUAAUGCUCAGGCAAUAACUACCAUACAGCAAACAGAAUCUAAAGAGAACAUCAUUACCAACAGCAAGCAGGUUCGCCUUGCCACAGGCAUCUUCCCUGUUGUCAGCCUUCUGAACCAUUCCUGCAGCCCCAACACCAGCGUGUCCUUCAUUAGCACUGUCGCCACCGUUCGGGCAUCAGUGCAAAUUGGAAAAGGGCAAGAGAUUCUCCACUGCUAUGGGCCUCACGAGAGCAGGAUGGGUGCUGCUGAAAGGCAACAGAAGCUGAGAUCUCAGUAUUUCUUUGACUGCAAUUGUCCAGCUUGUCAAAAUGAGAAGCACAGAACCACUACAGGGUCCAAGUGGGAAGCAUUCUGUUGUAACCGUUGCAGAACACUCAUGCAGGGAGAUGACGUGCUGAGCUGCGGCAACACAUCUUGUACAGAAGCAGUGAGCAGGGAUCGCCUAGUCUCUCAGUUACAGGAUCUUCAGCAGCAGAUUAAGAUGGCCCAGAAGCUUCUCAAAAAUGGUAAACUAGAGCAAGCCAUUCAGCUGUUGUUGGGGUGCCGGUAUGAUGCUGAGAGCUUCCUGCCUGCGGAACACAGUGUGGUGGGAGAAAUUGAGGAUGACCUGGCCCAGGCCUAUGCUGCUUUAGGGGACUGGCAAAAGUCAGCUGCCCAUCUCCAGAAGAGCCUCCACGUGGUUGAGGUUCGCCAUGGGCCAUCCAGUGUUGAAAUGGGCCAUGAGCUCUUCAAACUGGCCCAAAUCUUUUUCAAUGGGUUUGCAAUACCUGAAGCUCUGAACACAAUACAAAAGGCAGAAAAGGUUCUGUUGGUGCACUAUGGCCCUUGGAAUGACGAGAUCCAGGAGCUACAAAAGAUGAAAUCCUGUUUAUUGGACUUGCCGCCCAUCCCUGUGGGGCCUUCAGUGUAGGGUCCCAAGGAGACUUUGAUCCACAAGAAAGGACCCAGUAGAAGAUGAAUUAGAGGGAUUCUGUUGCAAUUGAGCUGUCACCAGGAAAUACAGGACUUGCCUGACAGUCACAUGCCUAGUAUAUGAGGAGUGGGGAGGACUUGGAAAGCAUUGCAGUUGGAGAUAUGUUCACCUAUUAUUUUGAUGAAUGUUUCUUGAAAUAGUUAACUGUCCUCUAGUAAAAACUCCCAGUUCUCAGAAAAGACUUAAAACUAGUAUCUGGAGAGCGUAGGCCCUUUAAAAGGAAUUUUAGCUCAUCUGCAGGCAUCUGGAUGUUAGCCUGGGGUUUUGGCUAGACGCCACCUCACUAAAUGAUGAUAGUCUGUUUCCCUGGAACAUUCCUAUGGUUUCUAGUAGUAAUGAAAUGUUGUGUACCACUCCAAUGGGAGCUUAAACUCUUAGUAGUUGUAUUGUAAUUGAAAAAUAAUUAUAAAGCAAGAUCAGCGAGGCUCCUUACCUCUAGAGACACAGUUUCAUUUAUGAUAUCUAGCUUCCUCAAAUCCUUUGUUAAAACUGGUGGAAUAUAAAAUAUGAAUAGAAAAAUAAAUAUGGGGCUAUUCUAUUGUCGAGAAAUUUUUUCCUUGGAUGGCAACUCUAAAUUUGUUUUCUGCCAGUUUUCCAGUCCUUAUUAUCUGGCUUUCAUUCUGUACUCUUGGGAGACUCACUGACCAAAAUACUAAUAAAAUCAAGCUUAUAGCAAUGACUUUAUUAUCA